AUGGAGACCCCGUACUCGAUGACGGCGCACUACGACGAGUUCCAGGAGGUCAAAUACGCGAGCCGGUGCGGCGCGGGGGGCGCGCGCGGGGCCUCGCUGCCGCCCGGCUUCCCGCGGGGCGCGGGGCGCGGCGCCUCCGGGGCCCGGGCGGGGCUGCCGCGCUGGAACCGGCGCGAGGUGUGCCUGCUGUCGGGGCUGGUGUUCGCCGCCGGCCUCUGCGCCAUCCUGGCCGCGAUGCUGGCGCUCAAGUACCUGGGCCCGGGCUCGGCGGGCGGCGGCGGCUGCUCCGAGGGCUGCCCCGAGCGCAAGGCCUUCGCGCGCGCCGCCCGCUUCCUGGCCGCCAACCUGGACGCCAGCAUAGACCCGUGCCAGGACUUCUACUCCUUCGCGUGCGGCGGCUGGCUGCGGCGCCACGCCAUCCCCGACGACAAGCUCACCUACGGCACCAUCGCGGCCAUCGGGGAGCAGAACGAGGAGCGGCUGCGGCGCCUGCUGGCGCGGCCCGGGGGCGGGCCCGGCGGGGCGGCCCAGCGCAAGGUGCGCGCCUUCUUCCGCUCGUGCCUCGACAUGCGCGAGAUCGAGCGGCUCGGCCCGCGGCCCAUGCUCGAAGUCAUCGAGGACUGCGGGGGCUGGGACCUGGGCGGCGGCGGCGGCGGCGAGCGCCCGGGGCCCGCGGCGCGCUGGGACCUCAACCGGCUGCUCUACAAGGCCCAGGGCGUGUACAGCGCCGCCGCGCUCUUCUCGCUCACCGUCAGCCUGGACGACAGGAACUCCUCGCGCUACGUCAUCCGCAUUGACCAGGAUGGGCUCACUCUGCCGGAGAGGACCCUGUACUUAGCUCAGGAUGAGGAGAGUGAGAAGAUCCUGGCAGCGUACCGGGUGUUCAUGGAGCGCCUGCUCAGCCUCCUGGGAGCCGAAGCCGUGGAGCAGAAGGCGCAGGAGAUCCUGCAGCUGGAGCAGCGGCUGGCCAACAUCACAGUGUCAGAGUACGAUGACCUCCGGCGAGAUGUCAGCUCCAUGUACAACAAGGUGACGCUGGGGCAGUUGCAGAAGAUCACCCCCCAUCUGCAGUGGAAGUGGCUGCUGGACCAGAUCUUCCAGGAGGACUUCUCAGAGGAUGAGGAGGUGGUGCUGUUGGCCACAGACUACAUGCAGCAGGUGUCCCAGCUCAUCCGCUCCACACCCCGCAGGAUCCUGCACAACUACCUGGUGUGGCGUGUAGUGGUGGUCCUGAGUGAGCACCUGUCACCGCCAUUCCGAGAGGCACUGCACGAGCUGGCCCGUGAAAUGGAGGGCAGUGACAAGCCACAGGAGCUGGCCCGUGUCUGCCUGGGCCAGGCCAACCGCCACUUUGGCAUGGCACUUGGAGCUCUCUUUGUACAUGAGCACUUCUCAGCUGCCAGCAAGGCCAAGGUACAGCAGCUUGUGGAAGACAUCAAGUUCAUCUUGGGCCGGCGCCUGGAGGAGCUGGACUGGAUGGAUGCCGAGACCAAGGCAGCUGCUCGGGCCAAGCUCCAGUACAUGAUGGUGAUGGUGGGCUACCCGGACUUCCUGCUCAAACCCGAGGCUGUGGACAAGGAGUACGAGUUCGAGGUCCACGAGAAGACCUACUUCAAGAACAUCUUGAACAGCAUCCGCUUCAGCAUCCAGCUCUCAGUCAAGAAAAUCCGGCAGGAGGUGGACAAGUCCACGUGGCUGCUCCCACCACAGGCCCUCAACGCCUACUACCUACCCAACAAGAACCAGAUGGUGUUCCCUGCAGGCAUUCUGCAGCCCACGCUCUACGACCCGGACUUCCCGCAGUCUCUGAACUACGGGGGCAUUGGCACCAUCAUCGGACACGAGCUGACCCAUGGCUAUGACGACUGGGGGGGCCAGUAUGACCGCUCGGGCAAUCUGUUGCACUGGUGGACGGAGGCUUCCUACAGCCGCUUCCUGCGCAAGGCGGAGUGCAUCGUCCACCUGUACGACAAUUUCACCGUCUACAACCAGCGGGUGAACGGGAAGCACACCCUUGGUGAGAACAUCGCGGACAUGGGUGGCCUCAAGCUGGCUUAUUAUGCCUAUCAGAAGUGGGUGCGGGAGCAUGGCCCGGAGCACCCGCUGCACCGGCUCAAGUACACGCACAACCAGCUCUUCUUCAUUGCCUUUGCCCAGGUGGGCCAGGUGGGGGCGGGUGGGAGGUGGUGGGGAUGGGGACAGCUGUCAGCCUGUCCUCGUGGGUGCCAGCCCUGGGAGGCGGUGGUCCCGUGGGUUCUGCUCAGGCAGCAGGGCCCAGUGUGCUGCAGGGGUUUGCAGGGCUUGCUCAACGGACUCCUUGGCUUCUUCUUUCCCUUUCCUUCCUUCCCCCACCACGGGGCCCAGAACUGGUGCAUCAAGCGGCGGUCACAGUCCAUCUACCUGCAGGUGCUGACCGACAAGCAUGCACCUGAGCACUACAGGGUGCUGGGCAGCGUGUCCCAGUUCGAGGAGUUUGGCCGGGCCUUCCAUUGCCCCAAGGACUCGCCCAUGAACCCUGCCCACAAGUGCUCUGUGUGGUGAGCCUGGCCAUCUGCCCGCACACCCUCGCUGCCUGCCCUGCACGAAUUGCCUCCCUGCCAGCUGCCGGGGCAGGCAUGAACCCGGCACUGGUCCUCGCUGGGUGCCACCCGCCUUCUGAGCCCCUCCGGGACCUGGCCUUCCUGCUGUCCCUCACCUCAGGAGGGGCCCAGAGCAGGCCUGAGGCUGGGCUCCAGGAGGGCGUGGGGGAGAGAUGCGGGGGUCCCCAAUACUGGCUCUAAGGAGCCAGACCGCCCCCCUCCGGCCAGGCCGGAUUGUACAGGCCCCACCUUCACUGUGUUCUUGCUGCUAA